CAUUAGUUGGCAGCAAAAAUGAGGGUUCUCGGGAAUGUAUUCGUAGUUUUAUUAAUUAAAUUAUUAACUUUAAUUGAAAAUGUACAAUUAAAUGAAGUAAUAGGAUGUGGUGGUUUUAUAAAAAGCCAUGCCGAUAUAGAUUUCUCCAAAGUUGAAGUGAAAUUAUUAACGAAGCAAGGAGCUUUGAAAGAUAAAACCGAUUGUUCACCCUCAAAUGGUUAUUAUUUUUUGCCUAUUUAUGACAAGGGUGAAUAUUUGUUAAAAAUUUCGCCACCUCCCGGUUGGAGUUUUGAGCCCGAAGAGGUGAAAUUGAAUUUCAAUGGCCAAUCUGACAUUUGCAGUCUGGGAAAAGAUGUGAACUUUGUAUUCAAAGGCUUUGGUAUCACUGGUAAAGUGGCUUUAGGAAAUGGUGGUGCAAAAGGCGUUAAGGUCGAAUUAAAAUCUGAAGAUGGCAAAGAUGUUAGGCACACCGUGACCGAUGUUAAUGGUAUAUUUUCGUUUACACCUAUAAUACCGGGCAAAUAUAUUGUUAAAGCGACACAUGCCCAAUGGUAUUUCGAAAAGGACGAAUAUACUGUCCUAGUUGAAGGUGGUAACACCGUUUUGCCAGAGAAUUCCUUAGUUGUGUCUGGAUUUGAUGUUACUGGACGUUUUGAAACAUCCGGACAAUUGAACUCGGGUGUGGGUAUAGCUUUGUUUGAAAGCAAAUCGAAUUCGAAGCCUUUGAGAUGUAGCAAAAAAGAUCUUAAAACCACUGUUACCAACACUGUAUCCAGCUACGAAGCUGCUCCCUCCUGUUAUGCUCAAGUUGACAAAAAUGGAGAUUAUAUGUUCAAAGAUGUAGCUCCCGGAAAGUAUUUGGUACAACCGGUCAUUGAAGAUGCUAAUUUAAAAUUAAAUAUCAAACCCUUGCAUGUUGAAUUUGAAGUUGGCAAAGAUACUCUAGAGCUUAAACAGGAAUUUAAGAUAAGUGGUUUUAGCGUUACGGGUCAAGUAUUGGAUGGACCUCAAGGUUCUCCCAUAGCUAAGGCUAUUGUGAAAUUAAAUGGUCAUAAAGAGGUUGUUACGGAUAAGCAGGGUUCAUUUGUGUUGGACAAUGUUAAUGCUGGUACAUUCGCUCUACAAGUAGAAGCUGACAAAUAUGAAUUUGUCGAACAACGAGUUAAACUGCAACUGACAGUACCAUCAUUGCCAGCUGUAACACCUUCAGCGUAUGAAGUUUGCGGCAAAGUAGUCGCCAAAAAAUCAUACAAAGUUGGUAUAACUAAACAUGGUUCUACGUUCCACACCACCGCCAAUACCAAUGCUGAAUCAGGAGUAUGGUGUGCCUAUUUACCUAGCGGCAAAUUUAGCAUUGAAGUUUUGACUACCGACAGUGACAAGUCAAAUGGUGUACAAUUCUUCCCCGUACAACAAGCGAUCGAAGUUAACUCUCAACCUUUAAAGGAUAUAGUAUUUUCACAACUCAGAGCUACCUUACAAGGCAAAUUACAUUGUUUACCAGACGCUCCCGUAGCUGCUUGCCUUAACACUGAAGUUACUUUACACAACUUGGACGCUAAUGGCCAAUUGACUGGUCAGAAACAAACAACCACAGCAGAAGGAGGAAAAUACAGCUUUAAAAAUGUUUUACCCGGACCAUAUGAAAUUACUGUGCCCCAAUCUAAUUUGUGCUUCGAUUCCACGCGUGUGCUUAUCAAUGUGGCUUCUGUCUCUGAAACCGCCCCCGAUUUUGUACAACACGGUUAUGAAGUCAACAUUAUUUCAAGUCAUAGAGUUAUAAUGAAAUAUUCCCAUAGUUCUGCCAGCAGCUCGGAAUCGUUUAAACUACUUUCUGGAGUUAAUACAUUCUGCGUACCGAAAUUCGGCUCAUAUUCGAUCAAGUUAGAAGGCUGUCAUUUAUAUAACGACGAGGAAUUGCCCUCAACUUUCGAUACAUCUAACACUAAUCCUAUCAUCAUAAAUGCCAAGGCGCAUAAAGUGGGUGUCCGUGUAUUAUCACCCGAUCCAAGUGUGGAUUCUUUACAGCUUUCAAUUGAAUCUACCACUUUGGGCAAACAACUUGUUACACCUGCUUCUGAAUCGCACAAAGUAGAUGGCAAAUAUGCCUACCGUUUUGAGACACAUCUGAAACCUGAAGAAGUAUUACGCAUUACACCUAAAAGUGAUAUUUUACUCUUCGAGCCAUCUACUAAGGAAAUUGUUGGCACCAACGAUUGUGUUGAUGUGGCCUUUAAUUUCAUCGCCUCUAAAGGUUUAAUUUUGCGCGGUAAAGUUGUGCCUGCCAUUAAAGAUGCCAAGAUCACUUUAUCAUUUCCCAAAAACCCUGAAUUGACUUCCGAGACCAGUGUCACUUCUGUUAGUGGUGAAUUUAAAUUCGGUCCUAUUAACGAUAAAUUGUAUUACGAACUUAAAGGCGAAAAAGAAUCAUAUGUAUUCUCAGACUAUAAUCCUUCAUCAAAUUCCUUUAGUGUCCACAAACUAUGCGAGAUCAUUGUUAAAGUUAAAGAUGAAACAGGCAAAGAUUUAAGUGGUGUUUUGGUGUCUUUGAGUGGCUCGGAAAGUUAUCGUAAAAAUUUAAUCACCUCCGAUGAUGGUUCGAUAAACUUCCACUCAUUAUCGCCCUCUCAGUAUUUCUUAAGACCUAUGUUAAAAGAAUUUAAAUUUGAGCCAAAUUCAAAAAUGGUCGACUUGAAGGAUGGCGAAACUUUCGAAAUCGAAAUGAUUGGCAAACGUGUGGCAUAUUCCGUUUUUGGCACUGUUACUUCCCUAAAUGGUGAACCUUUUGCCCAGGUCAAUAUCGAAGCUACAGCAAGUGAAAAAUGCUCUCACCACCAAGAGGAGGCAAUUACAGAAAAUAAUGGCAAAUAUCGUUUGAGAGGCUUAAAUCCAGGUUGUGAAUAUACCGUACGCGUCAAGGAUGCAGGCGUUUCAGGAAAUAAUGUUGAUCGUUCCAUACCAGUGCAACGCAUUGUAGAAAUUGCCACUCAAGAUGUUCAAAAUGUGAAUUUCUUGGCAAUUUCUCCUUUAAAAAUUGUCGAUGUAACAGCUCGUAUUACCGCAGCCUCUAAUGAUUUCUACAAAACUUUAAGAUUGGUAAUGUAUCGUAAGGGCUCAUACGAUUCGCCUGUUUAUUCUCAGCGCUUGGAAACCCCACUCAAUCCCAAGGCACGUUCUAAUCCUGGAAUUAUGGUAUUUUUGCCACGCAUACCUUUGGAUGGCAAAACCUAUAUUGUGGAAUUGCGAUCUUCGUUGUCGGACAAGACCUACUCAUACACUGUUCCCUCCCAACAGUUUGUGGCUGAUACUGGUUCGGUUUUCGUUGAACUAGAUUUUACGCCCGAUGUAAAAUCAUAUGAAACGGAUCUUAAUCAAAAUUCAAUAUCCGCCUUGAUUCUAUUGGCUUUGGUUUCUAUAGCGUUUUUCAAGCAGGACAUCGCCGUGGGUUUUCUAGAUUUCGUUUGGUCGAAGAUCAGUGCUAUUGCCGAUGAUUUCGCUCAGAAGCAGAAAAACCAAGCCAAAAACAAUGUCAGAAAGGUCGAACCGAUCAAUCAAAAGGAAAUCGAACAAAUGGCCGAGCAAAUCAAUAACAUUAAAAAGAAAAAGACUAAAAAAAUCUAAAAAGAAAAUGAAUUUAACUUAACAAAUUUAAAAAUAUAAUCUCUUGAUAUUCGAGAGAUUUGUAAUUAAUUGAUUUUUUAGCUUUAUUAAUAAAACAAUUUGUGUUUCGUGGGUAUUUUUUCUUUAUGUUUAAAAAUAUUUAAAAAACAUUUUACAAAUCGAAAAAUUAAUUUAAAAUAAAUAAAUAAAUAGAAAAAUGUUUAAACAUACAUUUGUGUAUGUUUAAUUAAAUAAAAA